GUGAACAGUCCUGUAUCGGCACAGUUGAAUCAUUGAAUGUUGCUGUCUUCAUGGUCUCUGCCUUCGGGUUUGCUGAAAAUCUUCGUUGGGAAAGAACACACAGCGCUGUGAACGGUAUUGACUAUUGUACUACUCCCUGCUGUGAACCAACCCAAGAAUCGCAGGUAUGACCGGAACUGAGCCGGACGCUUCCACACGGCCGGGCAGUCCAACUGCAGACAACAAGGCGAAGAAGCCAACAAUGCGUGUUGCGCGAAGCGACCGGCUGACCAUGGUGACGUCGCCUGAAACACGGGACCGGGAACUGCUACAUGUACACGGCAAAGCGAGGCCAAAGCCUGCGCGUACUAUAAACGUACGGGAUUUAACUCCACACAUCACAUGUGGCCUGUGUUCUGGGUACUUGGUAAACGCAGCCACCGUCACUGAGUGCCUACAUUCUUUCUGCCGAUCAUGCAUUGUCAAGCACCUGCACGUCAAGCGGGACUGCCCGACGUGUCGUAUUGUCAUCCACGAGGCCUAUCCGCUUCACUAUGUGCGUAUGGAUCGCACAAUGUCUGAUAUCGUCUACAAGUUAGUCCCAGGGCUGCAAAAAGACGAGAUUGAGAGGGAGAGGGCAUACAACGAGGAGCACGGCAUUGUUCCUGAAGUCCAAUCUGAUGCCGAGCCAGAGAAUAACCCGUCAUUUGCUCAGCCGUCAACAAAUGGUGUGCAAUCCGUUGCAGCACCGUCAGCUGCAUCCACUACCGCCCAGUCACGAUCGCCAAUGGCAUCAUCCGAUCCGGAUAGCGACGGGCUGAUCGCAAUCCACCUGAAGAGAAGAGAUCCGAAGGAAGUUGUUGGGAAGAGAUCGCCAACGAAGAAGCUUCAGCGGCCGUUCAUCUGUAUGUCGUCGAAAGCCACUGUUAACAUUCUGCGCAAGUACAUCAAGACCAAGCUCUCGCUGUCCGAUACCGCCAAUGUCGACGUUCUAUUCGACGAUCAGGUACUCGGCAAGGAGCACUCGUUAGAAUUCCUCUCUCGCACUCGCUGGAGGCUGAAAAAGACUGAUGUGGUCGACCUAACAUUCACUGUUGCUGUGCCAUAGGUCUAGUUCAGCUCGACGUAGUUCAGCUCAACGUGCUAUCACCAGAUCUCAAUGUUUUAUAGGCUGCCAGUGAAGUGUGCUGUGUGUGUGUGGUGUGUGUGUGUGUGUGUGUGUGUGUGCGCGUGCGCGUGUUUGAUGCGUUUAGUGUGGCUGGAGAUAUGUUUUUAUUAGGCUUUUUAAAAGCGCUGAGUGCGCGCACGCGAGUCAGAUUGCGUGUCUGGGUACUUUGAUUGACACGUGUGGCUAUCUCUCUCUGUCUUGCUACUCUCCACUCUUGCCAUUCUAGGUGUAGGGGCUACUUCACUUUCUCUCUCUCUCUCUCCCCUUCUCUUUCUCACUGCUCUUAUUAGUUUUAGUCGGUGUUGAAGUCUAGCUUUACUAAGCAAGGCUGCAGUGUGCACAUCUAGCCGUGUCCCUUUUGGCCACGUUCAUGUUCUUCUGUCCUUUUUUCUUUCUUUUUUUACUCUUUAACACCCGAUGAUUGCAUUCUCUCUGGCGUAUCCCUGUUGCCGGCACUGGUCGACUGACUCUUGUCACCGUGCACCUGCUGAUUUGACUGAAGUCAUGUUGAAACUCUAAGGAAAUGUAGCCUAUUU